CUAUGACAGUAUCAGGAUAAGCACACUCUUUAGUCUAUGGAGGCCGAACCGACGAAGAGAGGAUUCUCAGGUCUUUUUCUUUUCCUCAGUUCAGUGACGCUUCGCUGCACGGCACGCCGAGAAGGAAAAAGUCGACGAAAUUUUGAUCAAGAUUAGUCGGCGCGACGUUCAUGCUGGAUUACAGUCUUGUAAAAUUCAAAAGUGAAAAGAGGAAGACAGGUUGUAAUACUUUUGCGCAGAUUGGAUACAAAGUUCAUUAGUCGGUAGUAGAUAUGCAGAAACUUCGACCAUCAUGUGUUUCCAGUAUUAUAAGGAAAAUUAGCGUUAUCUUGGGCGAACUGACGGAUCAGUGAAGGAAUUACUGAUGGAGCAAUACAUUCUUCAAAAUCUUUCAGACAUGAUUGGUGAAGCUAGAGAUCAAAUUGAAUACCACCUCCGAGUACUUAAAAAUGAAGUAGAAGAUGAAGAAGAUGGAUCAUGUGAAGAACUAGAAGAAGAUUCUGGAGAGGAUCCCAUUGAAGAAGGUGAGCAAAAGCAGCUAGAUGAAACAACUCUUAAAGAGAACGAUCAUGAAUCAGGAUAUGUUAAAUCAAAUGAUAAGAAGAGGUGUCUGAAUGUUGCAUCUGGUGAAUUAUCUACAUUGCUAUGCUAUCAAUCACAAAAGAAGUGCAAGCAAGUGGGAUCUUCUGGUCCAAAAUUAGAGUCCAGACCCUCAGAUCUGGAGCUCAAUAAUGACUCUGUAACUGCAGUGGCAUCUAUUAUUGAUAAUUGUACUUCCGAAGAAGGUACUGGGAGUUCUGGAAAACGAAGGCGGAGCAGAUGGGAACCACAGUCUGAGGAUGAUGGCAUAAAAGACGAUCAGACCUGCAAGAGGAGGAAAACCAGGUGGUCCAAUGAGGACACUCAACUAAAAAUGCUGGGGCCACUUCAGCUGCCUGAUUUUGCAAAAGAUUUUCUUGUUGGAUAUGAGAAUAAUCCUGAAAUUCAAGGGCUGAAAGCUGAGCUUCUUGAGAUUAAUAGAAGAUUGCAUGGACCUCUUUAUGAUGAUAAGCUUGAGGGAGAAAGAUCUCCUUCACCAGAACCAAUAUAUGAUGACCUUGGCCUCAGAAUAAAUACAAGAGAAAAAGGACUUCGUCAGAAACUUGUCCAGAAACGUCAAAACAUCAUAUCAAAGUUGAUCGAAUCAAACCCAAGUUUUAGCCCUCCUCCUGAUUACAAGCCUCCGAAACUCUUCAAAAAACUCUACAUACCAGUGAAAGAAUUUCCAGAUUACAAUUUUGUUGGCCUUAUAAUUGGGCCUCGUGGAAACACAACGAAGAGAAUGGAAAAUGAAACUGGGGCCAAGAUUCAUGUUAGAGGUAAAGGAUGCUCGAAAACACCCAUCAAUUCUGAUUCUUCUAAAGAGGAUUUACAUGUGUAUAUAGAAGCAGAGAACAAAAAUUCACUGGAUGCGGCAGUUGCCAUGGUUGAAAAAUUGCUAAUCCCAGUUGAAGGAAGAAAUGAGCACAAGGAAGCUCAAUUAAAGGAGCUGGCCAUGCUGAAUGGAACAGUUAGGGAUGAAAAUGUGUGCUAUGUUUGUGGUGACGUGGGACACCAGUCAUAUGCCUGCCCUGACCUUCAAUCAACUUUCAAACUGAACUCAUGCAAUACAUAUUUUAGUACCAGUUAUUCAAUACCUGCCUGUCCCUUGGACGUACUAUCUCCACAGAAUGACUCUGAGCAGGGUUCUGGUUCUGGUUUUAGCUUCAGUUCAACACAGAGUAGACAACGGAGGCCAGAAAAGAAAUCAUUGAUGAAUAAUCUUUAUGUUGGCAAUCUACCUCAAGCGUUUGAUGACAAGAGAUUAUCUGAGCUGUUUUCUCCAUUUGGUAAGAUCACUGAAGUAAAAGCUAUCAAGAAUCGAACAACUGGAAUUUGUAAAGGGUAUGGAUUUGUCACUUUUGACAAUGCCACGGAUGCACAGGAAGCUGUGACUCAUUUGAACGGUUUAGAAAUAGAUGGUAGGGUUUUGAAGGUAAGGAUAGCAGGGCUUAUGUCAAAUACUGAAUCUCCAAGAUUAAUUCUUCUUCCAGAGCGGUCUGGUCCUGCAGUUAUAUCCCAAAGUGUUAGAAGCCAAACAUAUUGGCCUGGCCCAUUACAUUUUAUGCUGCCAGAACAUCCAACUUCGUUUCACGACAGUAAUGGUAUAAAUCUGUUUUCAUCUGGUAUCAACUCACAGCAUCGUCGAAGCUUUUCUCCUCCAAGCUACAGCCCAUGCCCUUCUGAUUUUAGUAAUUCCGGCAAAGUACGAUUUUCAUGCAACUUUUCAGAGCAAGGAUUUUUGUCAUCUGGCAGUUCAAUUUCAGAGAGUCCUGGCUCCCAAAUUCAGUCAUAUUUUAUGACACCGCCACUCCAGAACGCUGCAUUGUCCAAUCCUGAUUGCAGAUCAGAAGAUAUAAAUUCUUUCCCUUCUUCAUCGCAGAGAAGGUAUUACACUACACUUAACUGAAUGGACAUACGCGGAUAUUCUGCUUUUAACAGGAGACUUUUUUGAAGUUGUGUUCCUAGUAACCUGUAUAAUUUUGGAUAGAAAAACGAAAUCCCCCAUCCAUCUCUUUCUUUUCCUUCUUUAUGUACUGAUAGUGGGAAAGGCCAAGAGAAAAUAGAACUACAGAAAACUAAUGGA